UGCCUUGUGUUCAUUUACAACCCUCAACAUUUGCCUCUCUCCAUUCUGCCCCUUCAACUAUCUGGGCAUCCUCCAAGGCAUCCUCAAGCUCUUGUUUACAGCGUACUCCACCUGGUGUGAUACAGUAUGACGUCCCCGAGGCCCCGUAAUGAUCAGUUAUCCGGCGACCCAUUUGCAGAUCGGCCACGCCAGACCCACUUCCAGGAGCCCGCGCCUCAUGUUUAUGAUAGCGCGUCUGGCUCGCCCUUCGAGAGUACUACAACCUUACCCCGCGAGUUCGGUGCCAAUUAUGUAGACGAAGACUAUGCUGAAAAGGUUCCGCUCACUGGAGGUGAUGGCUAUAAUCCUGGUGGCUUUUAUCCACCCGGACCAGUCGAUCCUUCAGCCUAUGGCGACCCGUAUGCUCGCCCUAUAUCUACUACGUCAUCCUCGACAAAUGGUGUAGACACUGCUUGGAGGCGUCGUCAGACCAUUAAACGUGGUGUGACACGCAAAGUCAAGCUCACAAAGGGUAACUUCAUUGCGGAAUACCCGGUCCCAACGCCAGUGCAUAGCGCCAUUGAAGCAAAAUAUGCCGCCACCAAUACUACUGAAUUCUCUCACAUGCGGUACAGCGCAGCAACAUGUGACCCGGACGAUUUCACAGAGGCCAAUGGCUGGUCUUUGAGAACCAAGAUCUAUGGUCGGCAAACUGACCUCCUCAUCGCCGUCACAUCCUAUAACGAAGACAAAACACUUUAUGCGAGAACACUUCAUGGCGUCAUGUUGAACAUUCGCGACAUUUGCAAGACCAAGCAGUCCAAGUACUGGCGGCGAGCGGCUGAGGAAGGCAUGCCUGGCUGGCAAAGAAUCACGGUUGCCCUUAUUGUCGAUGGACUCGAGCCCAUGGACAAGAGCGUACUGGAUAUCCUGGCCACCGUCGGCGUCUAUCAAGAUGGUGUCAUGAAGAAACAAGUCGACGGUAAAGACACUGUCGCACACAUCUUUGAGUAUACCACUCAAUUAUCGGUUGAUGCCAAGCCACAGCUUGUGCUUCCUCAUGAGAACGAUCCCAACAAUUUAGUACCUGUGCAGAUCAUUUUCGUCCUUAAGGCCAAGAAUCAGAAGAAGAUCAAUUCACAUCGGUGGUUGUUUAAUGCCAUCGGCAAAAUUUUGGAGCCUCAAUUUUGCGUCCUCAUUGACGCCGGUACCAAACCUGGACAUAAAUCCAUCUAUUAUCUUUGGGAAGCAUUCUAUAACGAUGCUCAUCUUGGUGGAUGCUGUGGUGAAAUUCACGCUAUGAUUGAGGGUGGCAGGAAGCUCCUCAACCCUCUGGUUGCUGCCCAGAAUUUCGAGUAUAAAAUGUCCAACAUUCUUGACAAACCACUUGAAAGUAGUUUCGGCUAUGUAUCAGUGCUUCCUGGUGCCUUCUCCGCGUACCGUUUCCGGGCGAUCUUGGGUCGGCCACUAGAGCAGUAUUUCCACGGUGACCACUCGCUGGCUGACCGUCUUGGUCCCAAGGGGAUCUAUGGCAUGAACAUCUUUACCAAGAACAUGUUCUUGGCUGAGGAUCGUAUCUUGUGUUUCGAGCUCGUUGCCAAGGCUGGUGAUAGGUGGACGUUGACGUAUGUCAAACCUUCAAAGGCCGAGACAGAUGUGCCAGAAUCCGCCGUCGAGUUAAUUGGUCAACGUCGUCGAUGGUUAAAUGGUUCAUUCGCUGCUUCAGUUUACGCCUUGGUCAAUUUCUUCCAACUCUACCGCUCUGGUCAUGGCAUCAUUCGCAUGUUCUUCUUCCAUAUUCAAGCUCUUUACAACAUCUUCUCAUUGUUGUUCUCGUGGUUUGCAUUGGCCAACAUUUGGUUGACGUUCAGCAUCAUCAUCGACUUGCUCCCCUCGCAAGCCAUCAUUAUUUUCGGCACUGCGACAGUCACGCACUGGGUGAACUUGGCUUUCAAAUGGAUCUACCUUGCUUUCCUCGCGCUACAGUUUGUGCUAGCUCUUGGUAACAGACCGAAGGGUGAACGGACGGCAUAUGCAAUCACACUAUGGGUCUACGCCUUCUUGGCCGUUUACCUUCUCGUGUGUUCGUUCUGGCUAACCGGCAAGGCUUUCGCUAACAUUCCUAACGAGCUGAAGAACAAGACGGUGUCACAAGUCAUUAUGACCUUUUUCACGCCCCCUGUUGGCGCUUUGAUUGCUGCGAUGGUCUCCACUUUCGGCAUCUACCUCAUCGCAUCGUUCCUCUAUCGGGAUCCUUGGCACAUCUUCUCCAGUUUCUUCCAAUACCUGUGCUUGGCUCCAAGUUUCACGAAUGUACUCAAUGUUUAUGCAUUCUGUAACUUGCACGAUGUGUCCUGGGGUACAAAGGGCAGUGACAAGGCAGAAGCUCUACCAUCAAUCUCGUCGUCUAAGACCAAAGACGCGGACUCUCCUGUUGUCGAGGAUACGCACCGCAUCCAAGAAGAUGUGGAUGCUGCAUUCAAAGAGACCGUCACUCGCGCAGUGACCAAGAUCGAUGUCAAGGAAGCCAUUGAGAAGCCGACCAUGGAUGAUCAAAACAAGACGUUCCGUACGCGUCUCGUUGCCUGCUGGAUGCUCUCGAACGCUGGACUGGCAGUUGCCAUUGAGAAUAUCAACGGUCUCACAAGUGUCCAAGAUGCGGCACUGGACGAGCAGGAGCUGCAGUCGAAGCAAAACACUUAUUUUGCUGUCAUCCUGUACUCCACAUUCUUUCUUGCAGCUGUGCGAUUUACGGGGUGCUUGAUUUACUGGUUCAGACGCAAUCUUUUCAGAUGCUGCAGGAGGAAUUGAACCGUGUACCAGAUUCUUUUUUUUCGUGCUUGGUAAACAGAUUUUAUUUUGUGCAUGGACUUGAUGAAAACAGCUAUUAUCUACUCUCUUUCGUAUCACUCCCCGUAUCAUGCAGCUGGACAAUCUGAACUUCAUGAGUAUCAUCUUACACUACUCGGGUUGACGCCCCGCUCGUUUUUAUUCACUUAGCCUAUCUUUGUCUGCGCCAGAUGAGUAGUUGAUAGAUGG